CAAGAUCCAAUAAUUAAAUAUGGACAAACUCAAAUUCGUGACGGCAAGGAGGCAUACAUAAAGGUGCCUAGAUUCUCCUCAAGAGUCCCCAAUUCCUUUGCCCCAGAAAUUCUAAAGUCCGAUAUUGCAGCUCUUGGAGUUAAUAUACUCGUAGCAUUUCCUCCCGCUCUAGGAGGAUACAAUGGAUUCAACAUCAUGUCAGGAACAUCCAUGUCAGCCCCUCAUGUCGCAGGAAUUGUUGCACUCCUCAAAGCUGCACAUCCUAAUUGAUCUCCAACAGCUAUCAAGUCUGCACUCAUGACAACAGCAUGGAACGAGGACACAUAUAAAGGUGAAAUUUUUUCACAAGGAGGUGGAGGAAAACUUGCUGAUCCAUUUGACUUUGGAGGUGGCAUAUGUAAUCCAAAUGGAGCAGUGGAUCCUGGCUUAAUCUAUGAUAUGGGUAAAAAUGAUUAUUCGAAUUAUCUUUGUAGUCUGCGUUAUAGUAAAGAUAGGGUUUACAAUGACACUACCUAUAAAUCCGAUGCAAAAAAAUCGUCUUCUUCAGCAGGCAUUGUGUGUCCCAAAGAAGUACCAUCAAGGUUGGAUAUGAAUCUCCCUUCAAUAUCUAUUCCAAAUCUCAAGGAUUCAGUUACUAUCAAGAGAACCGUUACUAAUGUUGGGAAUGAUAACUCUAUAUACAAAUUAGUGGUUAAACCUCCGAGAAAUGUUGCAAUUAAAGUAACUCCAGAUGUCUUGAAGUUUAAUGCCAAGAGAAAGAAGAUCUCCUUUAAGGUAAAGAUCACAUCUACUUACCAAAGAAGUGGUAAAUUUACCUUUGGAAGUUUGGCAUGGAGUGAUGGCAAGAAUUUUGUUAGAAUUCCUAUUGUUGUGAGGAAGAAAGUAGAUGGAUAAAGAAAAUGCACCAACUUAGCUUGGGAGGUAUGAGGUGGAGCGAUGACAUAAAUCAUGCUACAAAGGAAAAAGACUUGGUCAUAAUGUACAAGGGUGGAUUUAGGGGGGCGAGGGUGUUCAUCCGAACCCUCUCGACAUAAGAAUACAUUGUCUAUACAUAGAUAUUGAGUCCCCUCAACACAAGACUAGAGAUUAGCUUAAUGGUUUAGGGAAUUCCAAAUUGACCUGAGAUUUCAAAUUCAAAUU